UCAGUCCUCUCUCUUCAGAAGAACCCUGUCCUUCCCCCCUCUCUGUCUGGAUCUCUUUCUCCCACUUCCUUUCGUCUCUGGGAGACUCCGAGGAUUCUUCUUCGUUUGAGAUCGAUCUCUGGCGGUUGGGCUUCGCACCAAAUCGCCCAUUUCAUCCGCCCUUGCUGUUUGCAAUUUCUCAUAGAUCCGGAGCUCUGAUCCAUUAUCUUUGAUCUCGCCAUCAUGGCGGCUGCCAAUGCUCCGAUCACCAUGAAAGAGACCCUUACGUUGCAAAGUAUAGGGGUGAACCCGCAGUUCAUCACAUUCACCAAUGUUACCAUGGAAUCGGAUAAGUAUAUAUGUGUAAGGGAGACGUCGCCUCAGAAUAGUGUGGUGAUUAUUGAUAUGAACAUGCCAAUGCAACCUUUGAGGCGUCCAAUUACGGCUGAUUCUGCUCUUAUGAAUCCUAAUUCUAGAAUUUUGGCUCUAAAAGCUCAAGUUCCUGGAACCAGUCAAGAUCACUUGCAGAUUUUCAAUAUUGAGGCAAAACAGAAAAUAAAAUCAUAUCAGAUGCCUGAGCAGGUUGUUUUCUGGAAAUGGAUUACACCGAAGAUGUUAGGUCUUGUUACACAAACGUCAGUCUAUCAUUGGCCAAUUGAAGGGGAUUCUGAGCCUGUAAAGAUGUUUGAUAGAACAGCCAAUUUAGCCAACAACCAAAUAAUCAACUACCGAUGUGAUCCUUCUGAGAAAUGGUUGGUUUUAAUUGGUAUUGCCCCAGGUUCACCAGAGAGGCCUCAACUGGUCAAAGGAAACAUGCAAUUAUUUUCAGUGGAUCAGCAACGCAGUCAAGCUCUCGAGGCACAUGCUGCAGCAUUUGCCUCAUUCAGGGUUCCUGGAAAUGAAAGGGAUUCCAUACUCAUUUCCUUUGCCACGAAGUCCUCCAAUGCUGGACAAGUCACAUCAAAGUUGCAUGUCAUUGAGCUUGGAGCCCAGCCAGGGAAACCGUCUUUUACGAAGAAACAGGCAGAUCUCUUCUUUCCUCCAGAUUUUGCUGACGAUUUCCCAGUUGCCAUGCAGAUAUCUCAUAAAUACAGUUUAAUUUAUGUCAUCACAAAGCUUGGGCUUCUCUUUGUCUAUGACCUCGAAACAGCUACUGCAGUGUACAGAAAUAGGAUCAGCCCAGAUCCUAUUUUUCUGACAGCAGAAGCUUCAUCUAUUGGUGGUUUCUAUGCCAUCAACAGGCGAGGCCAAAUUUUGCUUGCCACAGUUAAUGAAGCAACUCUAGUACCUUUUGUCAGUGGCCAAUUGAAUAAUCUGGAGCUUGCUGUCAAUCUUGCCAAAAGAGGAAACCUUCCUGGGGCUGAGAAUUUAGUUGUCCAGCGGUUCCAAGAGUUGUUUUCCCAGACAAAGUACAAAGAAGCUGCAGAGCUUGCAGCGGAAUCACCUCAAGGCAUACUCCGUACGCCUGACACUGUUGCCAAAUUUCAGAGUGUUCCUGUUCAAGCAGGGCAAACACCUCCCUUAUUGCAGUACUUUGGGACACUUUUAACGAAAGGAAAGCUAAAUGCUUUUGAAUCAUUGGAACUGUCGCGCCUUGUUGUCAACCAGAACAAGAAAAACCUGUUGGAGAACUGGUUGGCUGAGGAUAAGCUGGAGUGCAGUGAGGAACUUGGGGAUCUUGUGAAGACUGUUGAUAAUGACCUUGCCCUAAAGAUAUAUAUCAAAGCAAGAGCGACUCCGAAAGUUGUUGCUGCUUUUGCUGAACGCAGGGAGUUUGACAAGAUUCUGAUAUAUUCCAAGCAGGUUGGAUAUACACCUGACUAUUUGUUCCUUCUUCAAACAAUUCUUCGAUCUGAUCCUCAGGGAGCUGUUAACUUUGCGCUCAUGAUGUCCCAAAUGGAGGGUGGUUGUCCUGUUGAUUACAACACUAUCACCGAUCUAUUUCUGCAGAGGAAUAUGAUCCGUGAGGCAACAGCAUUUUUAUUGGAUGUUCUGAAGCCUAACCUUCCAGAGCAUGGCUUUCUGCAGACCAAGGUCUUGGAAAUCAACCUCGUGACUUUCCCGAAUGUUGCUGAUGCUAUAUUAGCAAAUGGAAUGUUCAGUCAUUAUGAUCGACCUCGGAUUGCUCAACUUUGUGAGAAAGCUGGUCUUUACGUGCGGGCUCUGCAGCACUAUUCCGAACUGCCUGAUAUCAAGCGUGUCAUUGUUAAUACACAUGCAAUUGAGCCUCAGGCCUUGGUUGAGUUUUUUGGGACCCUUUCACGUGAAUGGGCACUUGAGUGCAUGAAGGACCUCCUUGCUAUCAAUAUCAAAGGAAACCUUCAAAUAAUUGUUCAGGUUGCAAAAGAGUACUGUGAGCAGUUGGGUGUUGAUGCUUGCAUAAAGAUUUUUGAGCAAUUUAAGUCCUAUGAGGGGUUAUAUUUCUUCCUGGGAUCAUAUUUGAGUUCCAGUGAGGAUCCUGAUAUCCACUUUAAAUAUAUCGAGUCAGCUGCCAGAACUGGUCAAAUCAAGGAGGUUGAGCGUGUCACAAGAGAAUCAAACUUCUAUGAUGCGGAAAAGACGAAGAACUUCUUAAUGGAAGCCAAACUUCCCGAUGCUCGGCCUCUAAUUAAUGUUUGUGACCGCUUUGGUUUUGUUCCUGACCUCACACACUACCUCUAUACCAACAAUAUGCUACGGUAUAUUGAAGGUUAUGUCCAAAAGGUCAAUCCAGGAAAUGCACCUUUAGUCGUAGGGCAGCUUUUAGAUGAUGAGUGUCCCGAGGAUUUUAUUAAGGGAUUGAUCCUGUCUGUGCGUUCUCUGCUUCCAGUUGAGCCCCUAGUGGAAGAAUGUGAAAAAAGGAAUCGACUCCGCUUGCUGACACAGUUUUUGGAGCAUCUUGUAAGUGAAGGAAGUCAAGAUGUGCAUGUACACAAUGCUCUGGGAAAGAUCAUCAUAGAUAGCAAUAACAACCCAGAGCACUUCCUCACAACCAAUCCAUACUAUGACUCACGCGUUGUUGGUAAAUAUUGUGAAAAGUGUGAUCCUACCCUUGCUGUUGUUGCAUAUAGGAGAGGUCAAUGUGAUGAUGAACUUAUUAAUGUGACAAACAAGAACUCUUUGUUCAAACUUCAAGCAAGGUAUGUGGUUGAGAGGAUGGAUGGUGAUAUUUGGGAGAAAGUUCUUAACCCUGAAAAUGAGUUUAGAAGGCAGCUUAUUGAUCAAGUUGUUUCCACUGCUCUGCCUGAAAGCAAGAGCCCUGAGCAAGUUUCUGCAGCUGUUAAAGCUUUCAUGACUGCUGAUCUUCCCCAUGAACUGAUUGAACUUCUUGAAAAGAUUGUGCUCCAGAAUUCUGCAUUCAGUGGGAACUUUAAUCUGCAGAAUUUGCUUAUCCUGACAGCCAUCAAAGCUGAUCCAUCCAGAGUAAUGGACUAUAUCAAUAGACUUGAUAAUUUUGAUGGACCUGCAGUAGGGGAGGUUGCUGUCGAAGCGCAACUUUAUGAAGAAGCUUUUGCAAUCUUCAAGAAGUUCAACUUGAAUGUCCAGGCUGUUAAUGUUCUGCUUGACAACAUUCGUGAUAUUAACCGGGCCGUGGAGUUUGCGUUCCGAGUUGAAGAAGAUGCUGUUUGGAGUCAGGUGGCUAAAGCUCAACUAAGAGAAGGAUUAGUGAGUGAUGCUAUUGAGUCGUUUAUUCGUGCAGAUGAUGCCACCCACUUUUUGGAUGUAAUUCGUGCUGCAGAGGAUGCAGAUGUUUACCAUGACCUGGUGAAGUAUCUCCUGAUGGUAAGGCAGAAGACAAAGGAGCCCAAAGUUGACAGUGAACUCAUUUAUGCAUAUGCUAAAAUUGAUCGAUUGGGUGACAUUGAAGAGUUUAUUCUCAUGCCCAAUGUUGCUAAUCUACCUAAUGUUGGUGACAAGUUGUUUGAUGAAGGCUUAUAUGAGGCUGCAAAGAUCAUAUUUGCUUUCAUUUCUAACUGGGCCAAGUUGGCCAGCACACUUGUGAAGUUAAAUCAAUUUCAAGGUGCUGUUGAUGCAGCACGCAAGGCAAAUAGUGCGAAGACAUGGAAAGACGUCUGCUUUGCUUGUGUCGAUGCUGAGGAGUUCCGUUUGGCUCAAAUUUGUGGGCUUAACAUUAUAGUGCAGGUGGAUGACUUGGAGGAAGUUAGUGAAUAUUACCAAAAUAGAGGAUGUUUUAAUGAAUUAAUCUCUCUUAUGGAGAGUGGGUUGGGUUUGGAGCGUGCACAUAUGGGUAUCUUCACAGAACUUGGUGUCUUAUAUGCCAGAUAUCGUCACGAGAAGCUCAUGGAGCACAUUAAAUUAUUCUCCAUCAGACUCAACAUUCCCAAGCUUAUUCGUGCCUGCGAUGAGCAGCAACACUGGAAGGAACUCACAUAUUUGUACAUCCAAUAUGAUGAAUUUGAUAAUGCUGCCACCACUGUUAUGAAUCAUUCUCCAGAUGCCUGGGAUCAUAUGCAGUUCAAAGACAUUGUUGUCAAAGUUGCUAAUGUGGAGCUUUAUUACAAGGCCGUCCACUUUUAUUUGCAAGAGCAUCCUGAUCUCAUUAAUGACCUUCUAAAUGUUCUUGCACUUAGAGUAGAUCACACACGCGUUGUGGACAUAAUGAGAAAGGCUGGUCACCUUCGCCUAGUCAAGCCGUACAUGAUUGCUGUUCAGAGCAACAAUGUUUCUGCGGUGAAUGAGGCACUUAACGAAAUUUAUGUUGAGGAAGAAGACUAUGAUAGACUACGUGAAUCAAUUGAGUUGCAUGAUAACUUCGAUCAGAUAGGCCUUGCUCAGAAGAUAGAGAAGCAUGAGCUUCUUGAGAUGAGGCGUGUUGCUGCUUCUAUCUAUAAGAAAGCUGGUAGGUGGAAGCAAUCUAUUGCUUUGUCAAAGAAAGAUAAUCUCUACAAAGAUGCUAUGGAGACAGCCUCACAAUCUGGAGAUCGCGAACUUGCAGAGGAGUUGCUUGUUUACUUCAUCGAACAGGGAAAGAAAGAAUGCUUCACAUCAUGCCUGUUUGUUUGUUAUGAUUUGAUUCGGCCAGAUGUUGCCCUUGAGCUUGCCUGGAUGAAUAAUAUGAUUGACUUUGCAUUCCCUUACCUGUUACAGUUUAUCCGUGAAUACACUGGCAAGGUUGAUGAGCUAAUAAAAGAUAAGAUUGAAGCUCAAAGUGAAGCAAAAGCCAGAGAGAAUGAAGAGAAGGAUGUGAUGAAGCAGCAGAAUAUGUAUGCGCAGCUGCUGCCAUUGGCUUUGCCUGCCCCACCAAUGCCAGGUAUGGGAGGAGGUUUUGCUGCGCCACCCCCUCAAAUGGGUGGGAUGGGAAUGCCUCCCAUGCCUCCAUUUGGCAUGCCACCCAUGGGUCCCUACUAAUAUGAUGGUGUUCAAUAUACUGGUGUUAACACAAACGGGCAGGCAGAUGAUCUGGGGUUCUUUUGCUUUUUGUUUAGGGUUGUUGCCCUUGUAUUUUUGUCACUUACCAUGCAGUUGUUGACCACUCAUGGACACAAGUGGAGGCUUUGAUAAAAUAAUUGUUCUGUUGUGUGUCAUAGGUGUUGAUAUCUCCUUUGUAAUAUUCUUUUAGAAGAGGCAUUUUUUUUGUAGUUAGGCAGAAAGGGGGAAAUUUUUAUUAUUCAGGACCAGAGAGAUGCAUUAAUUUUGCAUCUUGCAUUGAUUUGCUGGGGUCGGUUAAGGUGCUUCAUCUCCAGUUUUGUAAUUGUUUCUAGGUUCAUUUCCCUGAGGGUAUAAUUAUGUUACAUACUUGUGGUUUUUUUUUUUGUGGUUCCUAUGCGAUU